AUGAUAAAUGAAUGCAACCCAACAUCAGAACGACGUGUUUGGAAAGCAGUAAAAGAAACAGAAUUCGACGCAUAUUUGGGAUCGUUGCUGCUUGGUGGCGUUUCUCACUCUGGCUACGUUCACUCAAAAGAUUUGUGGAAGACAACUGCACAUCCACUGUUUCGAGCUUCAAUGAGCGUCAGACGAUUUUGGGAAAUAAGUCGUUUCAUCCGUUUUGAUAAUGGAAUCACGCGGGUGCAUCGCAAACAAUAUGACAAAGCGGCUGCCAUAUCUGACAUAUUUGUGAUGCUGAAUAGCAAUUUACGAAAAUAUUACACCGCAUCAGCCAACGUGACAAUUGAUGAGCAGCUGUACCCGUUCCGCGGAGGCACUGGCUUUACGCAAUAUAUUCCUUCAAAGCCAGCCAAAUGCGGCAUAAAAGUGUGGUGGAUGUGCGACUCGAUUACGUCGUAUCCACUCAAAGGCCAAAUCUACACAGGAAAGGCAGCGUUCGGCGAACGUGAGGGAAAUGUGGGUGAAAGAGUGGUCAAAGACUUAUGCAUGGACAUGUUGCGUGGAAGUGGACGCAACAUUGUUUGUGACAACUUUUUCACAACACAGAACUUAGCAAAACAAUUGAUGAACGAUCACAAAUUGUCCAUACUGGGCACAGUCAAUAAGCGCCGCAGAUUUGUGCCAAAACAAUUGUCCAUUGCAAAAGGGCGCCAACCAGAAUCCACCAUAUUUGCAUUCAGUGAGAGAGUUGCCAUGUGCUCAUAUGUUCCUAAAAAGAACAAAGCUGUUGUGCUUCUAUCUACAAUGCACUAUAGACGUAAACCAGCUAUGAUAAUGGAUUACAACAAGUACAAAGGUGGUAUUGACAAUAUGGACAAAUGCCUUGCUGAGUAUUCCACCAAACGGCGUACAAAUAGAUGGCCUUUGGUGUUUUUUUAUAAUAUUCUGGAUGUCGCAGCCUUUGCCGCAUAUAUUAUUUACAUGGAGGUGUCCACACAUGAAUGUGUCAAUAGCACGGCGCAGGGAAUUUCUGCACAAUCUCAGCGAGCAACUGGCCCGUGCGGAGGUAGAUGUCAGGUGCACCAAUCCGCAAAUAUCUAA